AUGCCUGUAGGGAAAAUAAAACAUCAGAACAUUCCUGUAGGGAAGAUAAAACAUCAGAACAUUCCUGUAGGGAGGAUAAAGUCGAAAGAUAAAGCCUCAGAACAUUCCAGUAGGGAAGAUAUAAAGCCUCAGAACAUUCCUGUAGAGAAGAUAAAGCAUCAGAACAUUCCUGUAAGGAAGAUAAAGCCUCCGAACAUGCCUGUAGUGAAAAUAAAACAUCAGAACAUUCCUGUAGGGAAGAUAAAACAUCAGAACAUUCCUGUAGGGAGGAUAAAGUCGUAUAUUAUUCCUUUAGGGAAGAUAAAGCCUCAGAACAUUCCUGUAGGGACGAUAAAGCCCCAGAACAUUCCUGUAGGGACGAUAAAUCCCCAGAACAUUCCUGUACGGAAAAUAAAACAUCAGAACAUUCCUGGAAGAUAUAAAGCCUCAGAACAUUCCUGUUGGGAUGAUAAAGCCUCAGAACAUUCCUGUAGGGAAGAUAAAGCCGCAGAACAUUCCUGUAGGGAAGACAUAAAGCCUCAGAACAUUCCUGUUGGGAAGAUAAAGCCUCAGAACAUUCCUGUAGGAAAAAUAAAGCCUCAGAACAUUCCUGUAGGGAAGAUAAAGCCCCAGAACUCUCCUGUUAGGAAGAUAACGCCUCAGAACAUUGCUGUAGGGGAGAUAAAGCCCCAGAACAUUCCUGUCGGGAGGAUAAAGCCUCAGAACAUUCAUGUAGUGAAGAAAAAGCCCCAGAACAUUUCUGUAGGGAAGAAAAAGCCCCAGAACAUUGCUGUAGGGAAGAUAAAGCCCCAAAACAUUCAUGUAGGGAAGAUAAAGCCCCAGAACAUUCCUGUAGGGAAGAUAAAGCAUCAGAUCACUCCUAUAGGGAAAAUAAAGCCUCAGAACAUUCCUGUAGGGAAGAUAAAGCCUCAGAACAUUCCUGAAGGGAAGAUAAAGCCCUAG